AUGGGGGAACCCAAAGAAAAUCAAGUUGCAGAUAUCUUGAUUAAAAAGCUGAUAGAAGAGUGGCUUAAAAUGCGUCAUCCACCUCAAAACACAAUGUUAAUCACUGGUGAUAAUGGUUUUUACAAGAUGUUGGACCUCUUCACCAAAUCAGGUCAUAAGACAUUGUUAGUUUAUCAAAAGAAGAAGACUGUGGUUGAGAAUGACUCCAUCAACAUUAGGGAAUAUGUAGACGUAUUCUGGAAUGAUUGGAGAGGUUUUCUAUUUCUUAGACCAGCUAAGAGUUCUAGUGAAAGAAAGGCAGAGAGGAAGAAAAAGAUGAUUAAAGCCUGUCGUGAGGCUAGAAAAGUUAAACAAAGAAACAAAACUCUUCGUGAAAAGAAGAUAGAAAAGGAACAGAGGAAAAAGGAGAAACGUUUUCUGGAGGACUAUGGAAAAGUUGAAGUGGAAGUUGCUGGGGACGGAAAUUGCCAAUUCCGAGGACAAGUUGUGGGAAGACCGCGAUUUUCAUUGCUUCGAAUGACAAAUUUUUCAAUGAAGAUAUGGCACAAGACCUGGUUUCACAAAGAUUCCGAGGAGGCAGAUUCUGAUGGCGGUGUGUGGGAACAAGCUAGGAAAUAUGCUGCAACAUCGCAGGUUAUUCCCACUUAUGAGGAACUUUAUUUGGAUUGA